UUUUUCUGCCAAUCUCAGAUUUUAUUUUCGGUUUAAAUUACUGAACCAUAAACAGUUAAUGCGUAACCUGCAUGAGGGCUAAAGUCUGCCCAUAGUGUGCAAAGUGCAUUCACAUUUUCUACACAUCUGUUUCCCCGGCUUAGCAAGACAAAGGCUAAACAAAGACCUGCAGCUACUUCCACUCCCCACGUUGUUUUUGUAACAUACUACACUUGAAAAUGCCUGAAUUGCUGAUGGAAAUAGAGGAGGAGGAUGUUGUUGUUCCCAACAGAAGAGCUCUUAUAACUGGUGCCACUGGACUCCUUGGCCGUGCUGUGUAUAAAGAGUUCAAAGACAACAGCUGGCAUGUGGUGGGUUGUGGAUACAGUCGGGCACGGCCCAGGUUUGAACGUGUUGACCUAUUGGAUGCAACAGCCGUGGAAGCACUGGUCCAGGAUUUUAAGCCCCAUGUGAUUGUACAUUGUGCUGCUGAGAGAAGGCCAGAUAUUGUUGAAAAUCAGCCAGAGUCUGCUUCAUUGCUGAAUGUUGGUGCUUCUGAGAAUUUAGCAAAAGAAGCAGCUAAAGUUGGAGCUUUUUUGAUCUACAUCAGUUCAGAUUAUGUUUUUGAUGGAAGAAAUCCACCAUAUCGAGAAGAUGCUGUGCCAAAUCCUUUGAACCACUAUGGCAAAACAAAACUAGAAGGGGAGAAAGUAGUGUUGCAAAAUAAUGAAGGUGCUGCUGUGCUUCGUGUUCCUGUGUUGUAUGGAGACGUUGAAAAAAUUGAGGAAAGUGCUGUUACCAUACUGUUUGAUAAAGUCCAGUUUAGCAACAAAUCAGCCAAUAUGGACCAUUUGCAACAAAGGUUUCCUACAUAUGUCAAAGAUGUAGCAACGGUUUGUCUUCAGUUAACUGAGAAGAAACUUCAGAAUCCAUCCCUCAAGGGAAUAUUUCAUUGGUCCGGAAAUGAACAAAUGACUAAAUAUGAGAUAGCGUGUGCUAUGGCUGAUGCCUUCAACCUUCCUAGCAGCCAUCUGAGACCAAUUACAGAUGAACCUGUGGGAGAAACUCCUCGACCACGCAACCCACAACUCAACUGCUCCAGAUUGGAACAACUUGGCAUCGGACAGCGCACACCAUUUAGGGUUGGCAUCAGGGAGUCUCUUUGGCCAUUUUUAGUGGACAAGCGGUGGAGGCAAACAGUCUUCCAUUAGAUAUAUAUUGUUUCUUCAAGUGAAAGAUUUCUACUAUUUUUUUUUCUUCUUUUUCUUAAAGAAAAUUUAGUUUUUUAUGUGUAUCCAAAACCUAUUGGAAAUUUAAAUGUCGAGUAAUGUUGUACUAUGUCAAAGCUCUGCUAGUCGUUAUUUUGUUUUAGUUUAUGCAUACAAACACAGCCAGUUCACAAAAGGUGUGUUUUUUUUUGUUUUUGUUUUAAGACCCAAUUUUGAAAUUUUCACUGGUAAUUCCUUUCACUUAAUGCUAUACAAAACUUUAGAUGCACUGCAUACUAAAAUGGUACUUUAUUUCCGAAGGCAGUAUAAGAAAUUAGAUGCUGUUAAGAUCCACAUAUACCAAUUAGUGUCACGUUAACAUGAUUUGUCUUUAACACAUAUGUUGUAUGCCUAUGUUAAAGGGAUAGUAAAGUAUAGGUUUUAGUUUUUAAAAACUAUAGACAGCUCUUUAAAAUUACAGAUUUUUGAGGCUGUCACUAUUUCAUAAAGGGAAACAUGCCAACUGUUCUCUGUUUGCAUGCUUUCACAAUUAAGGAAAACCGAUUGCUCUACAAAUCUUGAACAUUUCAAACUCACAGACUUCUGCUAAUUUUCAGAUUUUGCUCAGAUUAAGUUAACUUUUAUAAGGUAAAAGUAAGCACACAUUGGUACUAAUAUAGUCAUUGAAAAGGCUUUGCUAUCCUUUUAAAGUGUUUCACUUUAUACGGAUGCAAUCUUCUUUUAGGCAAAAAGAAAACAAAACAAAAACACGAAACUGUUAGUAAUUCCAUAUUUUGAAACGUAAAUGGAGAUGGCACUGCAUGCAUAUAUGAUAUGAACAUUUUUUUUCCUUUUUUUUUUCUUCUGGAACAAGGUAUAUAGUUUACAUGUUAUAUUCCAAAUCUUCUGUUCUUGUAAAAGUAAUACAUUUGGAAAUGAGAUUCAACUGGUGAAUUUGUUUUCUGAACCUUUUUUUCCUCCAAUCACCAUUGGACAAGUUAUGCAUAAAAAUGACUGGUUCACUUUUAAGGUGUUAAUCCUAUUAACCAAAACAAAGGUAGUUCCUCUUUAAACUACUAUACUGGUGUGCAUAUACACUUUAAAUGCUACCAUCAAAUAGAAGCUCCGAGUAUUGCUGUUUAGCAACAACAAUUAGGAAAUACCCAACACACAAAUGGAGAAAAUACAAUGACCGGAAUGUAGCAGUUGUGUAUAUGUUUUCAGUAGUUUUGUGAUCUGUACUGAUUGUAUAAACUGGCCAACUGUUUGGUGUUAUUGCUGUAUUGGAACUCUGUGAAACUGCAGGUUAAUUAAAGGGACACUCCAGGCUCCCACCACCCUUAACCCUGCAAGUGUAAUUAUUGCAGUUUUUACAAACUUCAAUAAUUACCUUUGCAAGGUUAAGUCUUCCUCUAAUGACGGUCUAUUAGACAGCCGCUAGAGGGACUUCCUUGUUCAGAGAACACGAAAAGUGUGUUAUACGACGCUGGAUGUCCUCAUGCUACGUGAGGACCUCCAGCGUCACAGAAAUCCUUAUAGGAAAGCAUUGAAUAAUGCUUUCAUAUGGGGAGGUCUAAUGCACGUUAGGUCUCCUCCCGCCGGCUGGGGAGGAGAGUAGGCAGAGCGUGACCCAGCGCCGAGGGACAUCGGCGCUGGACUCUGGUAAGUCACUGAAGAGGUUUUAACAAAUGUUUUCCUGGCACUGGAGAGUCCCUUUAAGUAAAGUGUUACAAAGAAAUGCUAAGAAAUGUGUUAUUUACACUUUCCAGGUAUUAAAAUUCAACAUUUUCACAUCUGAUCACUUCCAUUAAAUUUAUAGUUUUUCAUAAGUUACAAGAACAAAUAAAUCUGUCUUUGCUUCCUACCAAUACUGUAUUUUUCUCUGACAUUGUGAAAUAGUCUCCAGGUUUUUUUUUUUUCCUUUUCGGUAUAGUUUCAUACAUACAGAAUAAAUAUGAAAAUAUAUUUCUGAAA